AUGGAUGAUAAAUAUCAUUUAACAUUUGUUAAAAGAAAAAAAAAAAAAGUAAAUGGAAAAAUAAGUAAGGAAAAAUGUAAGAAGAAUUUUGUGAAAAACGAAAAAUACUUAAGAGUAUCAACAUUAAAUAAAAAUAUUAGUAAGAAAACAUUUUUAUACACAUUAUUUAAAAGUUUUAUUAAACCAUACAAUGAGAGAAACACUGCUUUUUAUUCUAUUUUAUGUAUUAUUAAUAAUAUUUAUAAAUGCCGCUACUUUUUUAAACAUCGUUGUUUGAUAUGUAAACCGUUUCAUGAUAAAAGAGUAAGCACGAAAGAUGAUAAUGCUUAUAGUAGUGACGGUGAUGACUCUUUUCCUUAUAAUAUAUAUUAUAAUAUAAAGAAAAUGAACUUAUUAGAAUCAAAUAAAAUUAAAAAUAAUAACUCAAAUAAUAAUAAUAAUGAUAAAUCUGGAAUAAAUAAUAAAGCUAACACUAAAUCAAUUAGUUCAUAUUUAUCAGCAAAAUCUAUGCAACAAAAUAGUGAACAAAUAUCUGAACCCGAAGAAAAAAUGGAAGAAAAAGAAAAAGAAAAAGAAAAAAAAAGAGUAGCAAGAGAAGAAAAUAAAAAAAGUGGUCGAGAAAAAGAAGAAAGAGAAGGAAUAGAAGAAGAAAGUAAAACAAUACUUUCAGAAUCUUUAAAAUCAAACAUAGUAUGUAAUAAAACAAGAUUAAGUUCUAAUUCAAAACAUAAUAUUUCUAUUAUAAAUGAAACUCAAGUUUCAACAUUAACUAUGCAUAAUUUUGUAAAUAUGAAAUUAAAUCUUACCAAUGCUAACCAAUAUCAUUUUUUAUCACAUGAAAAAAUGAAUUAUGUAGAUAUCUAUAAUUUUGAUUUAUUUGAUAAAAUAAAUAUGUAUGAUAAAAUCUUAUUAGAUUUAAAUCAAAAUGAAAUUCAUCCUAAUAUAUUAAGAACAGGAAUAUUUUUUAAUAAAUACUGUAAUACAACUCAUAAUCAUAGGAAUGUUGAUUUAUUAAUUGCAUUAAAAUCAUUCAUAAAAGAUUAUACUUUACCUCCUUAUGAGCCAAUUAAUAAACAUAUGAAAGUUGUAAUAGAUAAAGAAAUAAAUUAUAUUAUUAUGUGUAAGAAACAUAGUGUUAGUAUGGGAGAAGUUAUUAGGUGGUUUAAAAAUAUGAUAAGUGAGCAUAUAGGGAAAAGUGUAUUAGAAGAAACAAAAGAAAUAAUUAUAAAUAACAUUAAUAAUUAUAUUAGAACAAAAAUAGUAAUUCCUUCUAUAAAUAUAUCAAAUCACAUAUCUGAAUAUAUAAUUGAAGAUAAUGAUGUUUUAUUAAUAUAUACUUUUGAUUAUGUUAUAUACUUAUCUAUAGUAAAAGCAAAAAAAAAAGGAAAAAAUUUUGAAAUAAUUCUUGUUGAUUCAGAACCUUAUAAAAAUUCUUACAAUAUAAAAUUAUAUACGAAACUAGGCAUAUCUGUUACCUAUACUUUAAUUAGUGGAUUAUUUUAUAAUAUAAAAAGAUGCACUAAAAUACUAUUAGGAAUUGAUGCAGUUAUACAUAAUAGUGUGUAUGGAUAUGUUGGAACUAGUAUUAUAUGUAUGUUAGCUAACAUAAGUAAUGUUAACGUUUACAUUAUUUGUGAAACAUAUAAAAUAAGUAAUAAAAUAAUUAUUGAUAGUUUUAACAUGAAUAAUAUAAAUAAUAAUUUAGAUAUUUAUGACUAUAUUUAUAUGCACCAUUAUCAUCAUGCUAAUCCUCAUAAUUGUGCAUCAAAUAAAAAAAAGAAUAUAGAAUACGGUUCUACUUUUAAUAAAAACUUAAAUAACUUUAUUCAUUCUUUUUGUGAUAUAAAAAUGAAUAAUAUUUUAUUUAAUAAUAUGCACAUCUUUAAUAAACCUACUAUUAAAUAUUCAUCUGAAUUAAAUAAGGUAAAUUCUCUAAAAAAUUCAAAUAAAAGCAAGAAUACAAAAAAAGAUAAAGAACCUGCUAUAGAUAAUGCUAUUCCAAGAAAUGAGUUGUUAAGAAGUGAAAUUAACAAAAGUUAUGAAUGCAGCAUUGUACAAUUUAGUAAUUCUUCCUUUCAUUCUGAAACAAAAAAAGAUCAAAAUACAAAUGAUUUGUUUUUUAAAAAUAAGAAAAAAAAUAUAAAUAAGGAACAAAAAUCUUUUUUUUUUAUGAAAAAUUGCAAAGAGGAAAACAAUAUUUCUAUUAUAAAGGAAAAUUUUUGUGAUAUAAUAAAUACUAACGAAGAAAACAAUAUAAAAAAAAAAGAUAGAAAUGUUUCUUUGAGUAAUUUUAAAGAAGUAAAUAGUAUAUCAACAAAAAAUAUAUUAAAACGGCAAAUAAAUUUAUCCCAUGAAUCUAAAAGUGAAAAUACAAGCAUUUCUUUCAGUAAUAAACAAAAUUCUCAAAACAUUUUAAAUGAUAAUAAAAAUAUUAAAAAAAAUAAAGGAUUUUUUAAUUUAUGGAAUGAUAAAAAUUUCAUUGAAAAAAAUACUUACUCUUUAAAUUUUAAAAAUCAUUUUGAUGUUAAGAUAAAUAAUAUUAAUUCACAAAUAGAACAAAAUGAAGAUGAAGAUGAACAAAUUUCAUGUAAUAAUGUUUGUGAUUCUAUUUGUAAUUCUAUUGGCAAUAUUAAUAUAAAAAAUAUAUGUACAGAUAAGCAUAAUGAAACUAAUUUAUUUAGUUCGGUUUUUUCACAUAUAAAUAAAAUUAAUUCAAACAAUGAUAAAUCUUUUUAUGUUGCAAAUAUAUGUAAUGACGUUACCCCUCUUAAAUAUAUAAAUUAUAUUGUAACUGAAGUAGGUGUUUAUACAAGUGUAAAUAAAAAUGCUUUAAAUGUUUUUAUUCAUAAUAAUAUUUAA